AUGUUUGUGAAGAAACUGGGACCUCGUAUAGUUUCAGCAAUCGCACGUCGCUCACAACUAAACUCUCGUCUUCUGCUUUCACGUUUUCAGUCAACAGCGGCCUUUGACGGACCUCCCAUCUCAGAAACCAACCGUGCGGAAGCUACCAAGAAGCGCUUCUGGAGUACUGUCGGUGUAUCCACUCAGGGAGAUACGCUCGCUAUCACGCUAGACGGGCGAGCACUCAAAACUCCUUCGGGUAACACCUUGUUACUCCCAGCAAACAAGACUCUCCUAGCGUCCGUCAUUGCUGCUGAAUGGGACAACCAGGAAACGCUUCUGAAACCGCAUGCGCUACCAAUGACUUCUAUCGCUUCAAGAGCGGUUGACGAACUGGAACAUGAGAGCACACGUCAAGAAGUUCGCAAAGCGCUCGUAGCAUAUCUGGAUACAGAUACUAUAUGUUUCUUCAAUAACUAUCCUGAACCGCUUGAAAAACUGCAGACACAGCAUUGGGAGCCGUUGCUAAGUUGGGCUCGGGAAACCUUUGGGAUUCAACUCAACAUCUCAGGCUCUAUUCUUUCCGUUCCACAACCAGAAGAGACGAAAAAAAUCGUGGAGAGGGUUUUGGAAUCGCUUGAUAAGUGGGAGAUAGCUGCCUUAGAACGUGCCACAUACACCACAAAGUCGCUCAUUAUUGCUCUCGCCCUCGUCAAGAAUCAUCUGUCAGUGGAGAAAGCUGCCCUUGCCGCACAAGUCGAAGUCAAUAGUCAGAUAGAGCGCUGGGGAGAAGUGGAAGACACACAUGAUGUAGAUUAUCACGACGUCAGGAGACAACUUGCAAGUGCAGCUAUUCUCUUGUCAAACUCCUGA